CAGUAUGUGGGCGUGGUCGUGCAGACAGCUGAUCUGUCUUUGCUGUCAGUCUUCUCACUGCAUCAGUUUGUCUCUGACAGCAGCAGGAGAUGAUGAACACACAGACCGCAGGCUAAACGAGAUAACAACACUAAACUUCUCUUUCUUCUCUGGCUGGGACACGACGGCGUUUUACAUCAAACAAGUUCUGCUUUUUAGAAACGGAGACAAAAUGUCCCAUGCACACUUGCAGGGACUGGAUGAUAACACGACAACCUGAACUUUCUGCAGGACUCGAAAGGGAGUUUAAAGCGACUUUUUGAGUCAAAUAUUUACUUUUUUGCAUGACAUUUAUUGAAAUUUCCUCACAUAAUAUGAAUAUUGGGGCUCUUAGUGCGCAUUUUAUGGUUUUAUUUCUGCAAAGUCUGCUUAAAUAGUUCUUUAUAGAGCUUAUUUUUUGAUCCAAACGUACAUUGUUUUUAUAUCUGCAGGACUCGAAAGGGAGUUUAAAGCGACUUUUAGACUCUUUUUGCAUAACAUUUAUUUGAAAUGUCCUCUUUAAAUAUGAAUAUUGGGGCUCUUGGUGCGCAUUAUGGUUUUAUUUAUGCAAAAUCUGCUUAAAUAGAUCUUUAUAGAGCUUAUGUUUUAUUCAAGUGUCAAAUAUUACAAGUACAACUCGGUAUUUCAGCCUCCUUGCAUGACUUCAGACAGACUAUCCCUAUAGCAAAACCCUCCCAUUUCAUGCCUAACCCAUAAUUGGAGACCUCGUGCCAUCCUCCACUCGAGCAGCAGCAGCAGAAAUGCAGCGCGAGCGCCUGCUCAAAGUGUUGGUGAUCGGAGACCUCGGCGUCGGUAAAACGUCCAUCAUCAAGCGGUACGUGCACCAGGUGUUCUCCCAGCACUACCGAGCCACCAUCGGAGUGGACUUCGCCCUCAAGGUGCUCAGCUGGGACGAGAAGACGGUGGUGAGGCUGCAGCUCUGGGACAUUGCAGGGCAGGAACGCUAUGGCAACAUGACCCGUGUGUACUACAGAGAGGCGGUCGGGGCGCUCGUCGUCUUCGACAUGACCAGACUGUCCACGUUUCAGGCCGUCCUCAAGUGGAAAGAAGACCUGGACACCAAGGUUGCCCUUAGCAACGGGAGGCCGAUUCCAGCCGUUCUAUUGGCCAACAAGUGUGACCAGCGGAGUCAGGGUUUGUGCCCAAAGCUGCCCAAACUGGAGAAGUUCUCCAGACAGUACGGCUUCGUCGGCUGGUACGAAACCUCUGCCAAGGACAACACCAACAUUGAUGCCGCCAUCACAUGUUUGGUGAAGAGCAUCGUGACCGUGGAGGAUGAGAGAGCCAUCGCCGGCAAAACCGAGCCGGAAGGCAGCGUUCUGGUUCUGCCUCGCUUCGACUACAACACCAAGGAGAAAGGACUGUGUUCGGGAUGCUCCUCGCUUAGAUCCAGAGACCGGGACUGAAGGUUGGACGGGUCUGAGCCAAGAGACUGGAAGGAGAUAUGUUGAAUAAUUAAUAUAUUAUAACUUAAAGAUGCAUCCCCUUCCUGCCUCCCUUUUUAUCCUCACAAAUGCAUUUUUUCAGAGAUGUUACAGGAAUAGUUUAGCAGUUUGGGAUUUUUCUGAAAAAUCCAUAAUAUAAUAAUGUUAUUAUUGUAUUUUUUAUAACAGAAAUGGAGUCCAAAAUUCAUUCCGCUACUACAAAAAUCGAUUUAAAAAGUUUUAUGGAUUUGAAAGAAAAAGUGGCUCCUGAAAACAGAAGAUUUUUAUAAAGAUAUUAAAAUAUUUUGUUUAUGGCACAGCGACAUUUUUUAGACUCGAGAGGGAUGAAUUUUACAAGAAUUUCUUACUCUAUAAUGACAUGUCGGAAGGCAAUCCGUUCACUUGUGAAUAACAGAAAAACUACUUGUAAAACAAUUUUAUAUUCAUAAAAGUGCACUUUUAAUCUGUCA